CAUUACAAUUUAUACCGCUAACAUAGCUAGAAUGCACUUUUACGAAGUAUGGUCACUGUGGUGGAAACCGUCCAAACGAUCGCUAGACAUCUGGAACGCCGUGAACGUGGAAGUGGACGGAUUGCUGCAACUGGGCCACGUUGUCGGUCUGGAUACGACAGGAAAUCUACCACGCCUUACAAUUGAUUUCGGAUGCACGACGCAGCACUCUGUGCUAGUGGAAUACGGAAAAGUGUUCGACUUCUCGGACUCGUCACCAGUGAUCAAAACCAGGAAAAGGGAGUUCUGCUGCGUUCCGGCGGGAGACGAAUAUGAGGAUGUGCAAGUGCUGCUGCGCCAUCAACCGGAUCAUCCUUGGAAAUGGUAUCCCGCGAAGCUCCUGGUAUUGGAAUUCGAGUAUUUGCAAGAAUACGCUCUGGUUGAGGUCCUGUUAGAGGGACAGCGCGUGCGCGAGCUGAUCCCAGUACAACAGAUACGCGCGCCUUCUUCGAGAGAAGAUCUCCAGCGACGGAUGGUUCGACCGAUUGAUUUUGUCAUCCGGUCGUGCAAUGUGCCUCAAGGAUACUGGACGACCACUGAGCUGGUUCGAGAUUUGUUCCGUGAGAAACUCGAAGAGUGGCGCCGAAAGAGAGCACAUGGAGGAGAAGGUUUGCGCAUCUUGUCUGUUCUCAGUCAAACGAUCACUUACCUGCAACGCGGUGGUGAAUCCCCGGUGUCAGAUGUAGACGCUGUCAGUUUGUUGAAGGAAGCUGAACGAUUUGCUGGCUUCCAAAAACCAAAAACUGUAGAAGUUGAGGAAGAGGCCAAACGAAAAAAGCCUCUCUGCACCAUUGAACUGAGUACAUUAGCGUUGCCGCCGGUGCUUCUAGCGGAGGUUUCCAAAACACUGGACACCGUCGAGCGGCAGCGAUGUCGACGUGUCAGUCAUUUGUGGAAUGAGAUUCUGACUUCGGACGAACUGUGCAAAGAAGUUUUCCUGUCAAUGAAGGACGGACGGUACGGAAAGUUGCCAUGCGACUACGCUACUUUCGCUUGUGUCUUUAAAUACGUCACACCAGCCAUGCGAACCAUCUGCAUUCGGGACGCGGAUGACAACUGCGAAUGCGGAUUCGAGCAUGAAAACACCACGGUCACGGGCGAAUUAAUCAAGUAUACUAAGAAGGUUUCGAAUGCCUCCAACAUCCGCAUUGACCGGUUGGUAAUGCACACGCGAUCCAUCUCCAUUUCGCAGCACAAUUAUUCGGUGUGGGAUUACUUCCCAGCAACCACAAAGUGUAUUCCAGACUAAUGUCCUGCUGUGACCGGCUAAUUUGGAAUGAUUUCUCGCUGACUUAUUCCACCUCGGUAGAUGAUGUUCCUGAAAUGAAGUUUCGCAUUCCAUUGGCGGUUUUUCAACUUGAAAGUUUUGAUGCGGUGAACAUUCCUGAUAUCUUCGAGAAACAUUUGCAAUGGGAAAUACCGGCUAAUGUGGAUACGCUGGCGCAGUUGUCGGCAGACCUGACUGAAGAUAAACGCGAGGAUUUCUACUUGGAAGUAUCUGACAUUCUAGAAAUAUUCCAGAAGGAAGAUCCGCGCUCAUCCGCGCAGUAUUCAGACCGCGAAUGGAACGUGGGCGAACUGGGCGAUUUGGAUGUGCGAAAGUUCAGUAAAAUCUGCCAGUUUGUACUCUGUAAUCGAGUAAAGAGUUACCGCGAUUUAUUUUCUGUAACCAGUCACCGCGCCGAAGAAAUGCAAGAUGAAACUCCACAAGACACUGAUUUAGGAAGCCAUUUAUCUUUCUAGCUGAGGCACUGAAAACUGAACAUUAAGCGGAAAGGCCAGCUAGAAUUAACCGCAUCCUUUUGCUGGUUUGUUACUCUGCUGCUCUGACGACUAGUGCGUAAAUUGGGAGUAAGUUAGAUACUUCAUAGAAUUCUGCUGAAUCAGGAGCGUAAACCGUGCACAAUGACCGGUUUGUUUUAUAACAUAACAUUUAAUGUUUGCUAGAAGCUAGAAAUUAUGAAGAAUGACAAAUGUGAACGCUUGAUAUGUGAUGGUCAAG